CAAAAUUCUAGCGCCCAUUUUUGCGAGGUUAAAAUAAAUUUCGCAAGCCGGCUGCAAUCGCAAAGUACAGUGCAACUUAUAUACACUCGUAUAAAAUAAUUCCACUUAAAAGCAACCAUGUCCUUGUCCACCUUUAACUUCGUCAACAUGGCCGCCCAACUGGGCCAGGAGCGGGGAAUCUCAUUUGAGAACAAGGCGCGUUCCUGGAGCACAGCUGCCGAUGUCCAGGAAGUGGUGGAUGCCCUUAACAAACAGACCACCGUGCACUAUCUGAAUCUGGACGGAAACACACUGGGCGUUGAGGCCGCCAAGGCGAUUGGGGAGGGUCUGAAGCGUCAUCCAGAGUUUCGGAAGGCGCUGUGGAAGAACCUGUUCACUGGUCGUCUCAAAUCGGAGAUUCCGGAAGCGCUCGAGCACCUGGGAGACGCGCUAAUUGUCGCGGGCGCCAAGCUGACAGUCCUGGAUCUCAGCGACAAUGCCUUAGGACCGAAUGGCAUGCGAGGCUUGGAGAAGUUUCUGCGAUCCCCGGUCUGCUACUCGCUGCAGGAGCUGCUGCUGUGCAAUUGUGGCCUGGGUCCCGAGGGCGGUAGUAUGCUGUCCCAGGCUCUGAUCGAUCUGCAUGCCAAUGCCAACAAGGCGGGCUUCCCGCUCCAGCUGCGCGUGUUCAUGGGCCCACGCAAUCGUCUCGAGGAUACCGGUGCUAUGGCCAUGGCAAACACAUUCCAAACCCUCAAGACCCUUGAGGAGAUUGUUCUGGAACAAAACUCUAUUUACUUCAAAGGCGUCGAGGCCCUGGCAAAAUCCUUCAAGAAUAACCCUCAUCUGCGAGUGCUAAACAUGAACGACAAUACUCUAAAGUCCAAGGGAGCUGAACAAAUAGCUGAGGUUCUUCCCUUUUUGCCCCUGCUGCGUGAAAUGAGCUUUGGAGACUGCCUGAUCCAAACCAAUGGCGCCUACCACUUAGGUGAGGCUCUGGAGAGAGGCAACGAACAACUGGAAGUUAUCGAUUUAGGUUUUAACGAAAUCAACAGCGACGGCGGCUUGGUGUUGGUGAAUGCUAUUAGAAAUAAGCCCAAGCUGCGCAUCUUGAACCUAGAUGGCAAUUGGUUUGGAGAAGCUGGUAGCGAGGAGAUUAUCAGCGAGAUGAGUAAGUUACCAACUGCUGCCGCACUGCAACCGUUCCAGCACCAGGAAGAGGAGGAUUCGGUAGAUGAGAAUCACAAGCAGGACGAAGACGAAGAGGAAGUACACGAGCACGCCAACGAUACUACCGAAGAAGCACAGGAGGACGACGAGGAUGAAGAGGACGACGAGGAUGACGACGACGACGAGGAUGACGAGGACGACGAGGAUGACGGGGAGUACAGCAACGUCGCGGAGGAGACUGCCUAUGUCACCACGAAUGCCUUCACGACCAAGAUGUUUAACGACACAACCAACUCGAUGACCAGCGAAACUUUUGCGGUCGCAAACAAGACGAUCAGACAAAAAUGCACUCCAGAGAAGUUCUGUUUGAGCCAGACACCCUGCUCGCAGGAGGAUUUCGAUGCGCUAGAUAUGGAUAACAAGCUUGAGGCUUUGAAGUCGAUUGUCAACCAAUUCACCGGCGACAACCAUUUGCUGCUGCUCGUCUUCACCACCUUGAAGUGCGCGCAUUUGUCGAAAUCCUCGAAAGCUGCGUUGGAUCUGGCCGUCUCCUUGUACCAGGCCACCUUUGACUACGCCAUCAAGACAAAGCAGGAGACCCGUGUGCUCAACUAUGUACUGAUGCAGCUCCGUUUGUUGCCCUGCAAGGAGGCAUUCCAUUCGGACUACGAUGUCAAGAGCUGUCGAUUUGCUCUGCGCGAGGCUCUCAAACAACCGACGUUUGCCAACGACAACAUCAAGAAUUCCUUCAAGACUUUCCUGGAGGGUGCGGAAUCGUAAAGAGAUUACCUAUAUUUCCCACUUUCCGAUGUGUGUAUGUACAUUGGCGAAUAAAAUCGUAUUAUUCAUAUCCCGUA